ACAAUAAUAUAGUUAGUCUGUGGUAAAACGGUGGACGGAGUGCUUCGCCAGCUGAAACGGGAAUCGUGAAACUUUAUUGCAAGUCGUAUUUUAAACUUGUUUAAAAUUCAUUUGCACGAAAAUCCUAGCUGAUAUGCGCCAUAGUGAGUUUCUGAAAGCGGUUUCGUCGUCCUGCGCCGACCAUGCCAGGCGCAAAAUAUGAACAGCUGCCGUUGAAGUCGGAUGCUGAUGAGGAUGUGUUUACAACGAAGCCGAAACCGAAAUGGUCUGAAGUGUGCGUGCAGAAGAGCCUGCUGUCUUUGGGUUUAAUUCUCCUGUACUUCUCGCUGUCCAUCGGCCUCACGUUUUACCAGAGAUGGCUGUUGACGGACUUCAAGUUCCCCCUCACGGUGGUAAUGUACCACCUCAUAGUGAAGUGGAUACUCUCAGUCCUCGUGAGGCUGGUACUCCAUGUCAUCACGGGAACUCCUCAGCUGAUGCUGCCGUGCAUGACCUGCCUCCGGUCUGUGGGUCCUACGGGCCUGGCCAGUGGCAUCGACGUGGGCUUCUCUAAUUGGGGCCUGGAGCUGGUAACCAUCUCUCUCUACACCAUGACCAAGUCUACGACCAUUAUUUUCAUACUUGGUUUCGCUAUACUGCUGGGAUUGGAGAAAAAGUCUUGGUCUCUCGUGGGCAUCGUGCUUAUGAUCGCGGCUGGCCUCAUCAUGUUCACGUACAAAGCGACUCAGUUCAACCUGCUGGGCUUCAACUUCUUGCUGAUCGCAUCCUUCGCGGCAGGCCUGAGGUGGACUUUCGCGCAACUGCUGAUGCAGAAGUCCAAGUUGGGCUUACAUAACCCAGUGGAUAUGGUGUUCCAUGUGCAACCUUGGAUGUUUGUCUCGUUGCUGCCGUUCACCAUCAUGUUUGAAGGGUUCGCCUGCUACGAGCACUUACAGAAGCUGACGGCAGAUAAGCUUCUGCCCACGAUACUUAAGGUGUCUGUCGGCGCCACGUUGGCUUUCGCGAUGGAGAUCAGCGAGUUCUUAGUAGUCACAUACACCUCUAGUCUCACACUAUCCAUCUCUGGUAUAUUUAAGGAAAUGUGCAUCCUAGUCCUCGCAGUAGAAGUAAGCGGCGACGUAUUAUCGCCGAUCAACGUGGUAGGCCUCGCCGUCUGUCUACUCGGCAUCAUCGGCCAUAUCAUCCACAAGGUUCUCUUCAUCAAGUCCGUCGCCGGCACCGUCCACGCCAUCGACCAAGACUUCGACGCCAUUAAAGACUUCGAGACCGUGCGGCGGACUUCGAAGUCGAAAGGGGAACACGACACGCCGCUGCUAGAAGAACAAACGUGGCCCGCAAGUGAGGAAAGCGAUUUUGAUAGCAAUGUGGUGCUAUUUGAGGUGCUGCAACGACGAGACGUUCCCGCAAAUCCUAAGAGGUCGCGCUGGGCGAGUCGAAAUGAACGGACCGCGAAGAAAAAAAACCACGACCGUAUGUAUUGAAGCUUUAUAGACUUUUGUGAUGAAAACCAAUGUAUUUGAGGCUAAAACAAUUAGAAGUACGUGUGUGAAUGUGUGUGUCAACAAGUGCCUGUCAUAUUGUGAGAACUGUAGUCGUAAAUAAGAGGUACCCAAUCUUUUGUGCUGUUGACAGCUGUCAUUUGCCGGACUGUCAACUGCACCAAAAAAAAAACGGUUAGACCAUAAUAUAAAAAAAAUGUUUGAGGUUUUUUGUAAGAAUUUUUGAAAAUGGAAUGUAGAAUGUCCUUAUAACGUAAUGAAAAUAUAAAGUAAGUAUGUAAUGAACAGUGUUGAAAAUAAUUAAAAAUCAUCAAAAACUUUGUUGUUAACCGUUGAACAUUACAAUUUAAACAAAUGAAAAAGAAAAAAACUAAUAAGAAGUAAUGAUAACCGACCUACUUUCUAAGAAGACUAAUUAAACGCACAGUAUUUUUGUCUAUGAUAAGGUAGUCACAGCAAUCUAGAUUCUACAUAACUAGAAGUUUUAGAAAACUCUUUUUAAUGAAAAAAUAUAAAAUAUAAUAAAAAUUGUCUGUUUUCGCCUAAAAAACAUCCAGCUAGCAUUGUUAAGUGUACAUAUAGCCCUUGUUACAUUUUUGAUUAGCAUAUACACUAUUGGUAGAGUUCAAAUAGUAUUUGGUUAAAAGCUUGAAAUUCCAAAGAUAACUUUUGAAAGAACUCAUUCGUGUAGCUAUAUGAAGUUUAUCAGUUGUGUUAGCACCCAUAACACAAGUUAAUUAAAAACUCACCAUGGGGCUUACCCACCGUUUGUGAAAAUUAGUCUCGACAUUAUUAAUUUAUUUAUUUCAUUUAAUUCAUAAGAAAAUGCAGUUUUUUAAUCAACGAUACUUUUUUGUAUUCAACCGUAUAGUGUUGCGAGCAGACGACAUUAUCAGACAAUUAAUAGUUUUAAUGAUACUAAAGUGAGAUUAAUGAUAAAGAAUAAUUAAAAUGAUAUUAAGACAGGCUAGAAGAUUAAUUUCAUUAAGUUCUAUUCAACCAGAUAAAUCAAUCAAAGGAAAAAUAUUUCGAGAUUUUUUUAUAGAUUCAGUGCUAGGUAUAGGUAGACACGUAAAAGUUUGGGUAAAAACUGGGCUUCGACGCAUUCGAAAUUAUUAAAUGCACAAAAUAGCACUGCCAUGCUAAUAUAGAACCACUUUUUUAUUAGGGAAGUGACUGCAACAUAGUCAAAUUAUAUCGAGUAUUCAGUAUAGAUUAGACAUAGUGCUGCGAUACUGAUUCCUGAUCGCCAACCAAACAUUUUACCAAAGCAAACAAUCGGAACUCCGUACGACGUAAAAACGUUUUAUGGAAAAUUGUAUUUUUAAUAUAUCGAUAUUUUUAUACUGAAUAAGGCAACACUAUUAUAAGUUUUAAAAAUGUAUCAUAUUAUUUUUAUUGUUGAGUUUUUUUUUUGUUUUGCCAUAGUGUGGCGAGCGAAAACGUUAAUUUGUAAUUGUAAUUAUUUUACAUAAAGCAAAAGUUAUUAGGUAUUAGAAAUUGCGGUUCUAAUUUUAUACUUUCCUAAUCUACUUAAAAACGUGCAUCACAAAAUGAAUUUGUGUAACUAUUGCAAAGAAUACUGCUUGCUUAUUCGUUUUCGAUAGUAUGUAUUCACUUACAAUCUAAAAAUAAAUGCCUGUAUGUACUAAAAUUUGACUUGGUUAGAAUAACAGCUUCAAAACUGACGUAGUUUGUAAUGUACUAUACAAAUUGAAAUAGAAGAAAAAACGACUACUGUGUAACAACGUUGAGGUACGUUUUGAAUGCCAUUUGUCAAUCGGCUGCAGCUGCACUACUGCUUUGUAUGUAUUUACUUGAAACCGUUUUGGAUCGAAGCGGCAGCAGCACGUGCAGUCGCUCUUAAUUAUGUAUUGUUUUCAUGCAGUCGCGUUAUGUGCGGUCGGCAGUUGCAGUCGGCAGCUGGCAUUCAAAACGUACUAUGAAAAGUUGAAGAUAUCUCUCUCUGGAACUGUUUUCAGUUUUUCACUCCUUCUGACAUGUAUUACUCUGAUCAGUUAACAUUUUACAAGAUAUAAUAUACAUUUUAGUGACCUUUUGUAAAUAAAUUGAGUAAUCCUAUAUACUUACUUGUAUGUGAUUGUAACUUACAUUCCAAUGUAUUUUCGAAAUUAUUUGGUGUUUCAUAAUAUGUGUAACUUAAAAAUAUUGCUUUAAAUGUUAAUUGUAAUCCUAACUAUGUGUGAAUUAUGUCUUUAUUCCUAAAAAUGUUUUGAAACAUUUCUAUCGAUAAAUAUCUUAUUUAAGGCUUUUUUAUCAAUAUUUGUUCAUCUGUCCUGCCUGUCUGUGUAUUUGUUCGGCUGUCAUUUGAACAUCUUUGGCAGUCGUUACGGGUAGUCAGAAGCCAGUAAGUCUGACACCAGUCUUACCUGGGAGAAUCGGGUUGCUCGCUUAACUGGGUUGAGGAGGGCAGAUAGGCAGUCGCUCCUUGUAAAACACUGGUACUCAGCUGCAUCCAGUUAUACUGGAAGCCGACCCCAACAAAGUUGGGAAAAGGCUAGUCAGAUGAUUUCUUGAUAAUUGUUAUAAAAAUAAUUUUUAUGUAUAGUUUUCUGUCACUACUCAAUUUUCAAAAUAUGGCCUAAUAUUCCCUUAUUAAUAUUCCUAACUGCUAUUACUAUUAGUCGACAAUUCAAGGAAAAAGAUAAAUAAUGUUGUUCGUUAUAUCAACUUUACUUCUCAAGACUUUUCAUGCGUUUACAAUUAUUUUCUCCAAUUUAUACAGGAAUGAGUUUCAAGCAGUGCAAAAAAUAACUGAUGGUCCAGAAUCAUUAACAGAACAUAUCUGCAUCAUCAGUAUUUUUUUUUUUCAUUUUUUUCUGCC